AUGUCUUCUGCACCAGUCAAGAAAGUCUUUUCUAGUCUUCAAUUUUACACUUAUUUCUUUUGUCCAUACGCUCAUCGUUCAUUGAUUGCGUUGAUUGAAGCUCAACUCGCCAACAAAUUAGAUGCAUUCUCUUCGGACCAACAAGCAACUGCCAUCACGUACCAUGAAGUCGACCUGUACUUGAACGAGCAAUUGACUGAUAGCUUUAAGAGCAUCAAUCCACAAGGAAAGGUUCCAACCAUUCGCUUCAAGUUGAACGACGGAUCCAAUUCCGAACAGGAACUCAUCAUUAAUGAAUCGUUGGUCAUUAAUGAUUUCUUGCAGGAAGUCUUGAUUCCAGAAUUACUUCCAAUCAACUCGAACGAUGGUCAAGCUGAGAGUGCCUACAAGAAAUCUCUUGCUAAAAUUUGGAUUUCUUACUUUGACUCUAACGUCAAUUCAUUGCUUUUCAAAUUAGUUUUUGGAGAGGAGCCUUCGCUUGAAAAAGUCAAAGCAGAAAUUCUCACUCCUAUCCAAGAUAAGUUGACCUUUUUGGUGAGAAAUGGAUUUUCAGCUGCAAGAAAGGCUGUCUCUGAAGGACCAUACUUUUUCGGAAAUCAUUUCAGCUUGGUCGAUAUUGCUUACUUCCCUUUUGUAACUCGCUUGGAAAUUAUCUUGAGACACAAGUAUGGCUUGAAUCUUUUUGAACCUUUUGGCAAUGCUUCUCAACAAACUGCUGAUGCUUUGAAGCUUUUCUCUGCGUGGUAUGAAAAUGUCAAAGCAAGAGAGAGUAUUCAAAGAUCAAGCUUUAAGCCCUUGUUUGUUCCAGUGACAUUUACCUCUAAUGAGUUAAAGAAGCAAAGUGUUUCUGGUUUCAAUGCUGACAUUAAGGAAUUGAAAGAGUUGCGCAAACCAGGAGUGAUUUCGCAAGACGAAUUUGACACCAAAUUCUUUGAUUAUGAAAAGUAUGUCGUUCUUGGAUUCGAUUUGCUCAGAAAAAGAGAACAACAAAGAAAAUAA